AUGGCGAGGAUAAAGCCCAAGCAAUUGCUAAUUCAAAGCAAGACGAAGAAGGCUCCAUCUCGAAUCAGCUACUCUACUAUCAUCACAUGGAACUUGAUUGUCAUAUUGGUUGUGCUAUCUCUCUAUGCUACCUACAGCCAUUGGCAUCAAAGGUCUGCCCAAGACUUUGAAAUGGAGCUUCAUGAAGCUGAGCUUGCUGUGAGACCGGUGGAUCCAAAAAUGAUAAGUAGACCAAGAUAUGCGGUAAUGAACACUGCAAAGGGUCCAAUUACUAUAGAAAUAUACAAAGAUGCUUCUGCUGGUGUUGUGGAUAGAUUUAUUGACUUGUGCAAGAGUAAUCAUUUCAAAGGAAUGCCAUUUCGGCAUAUCAUAAAAAAUUUUGUAAUUCAAGGUGGUGAUUUUGAUUUUGAUGGAGCUGCCCAAGAAUGGAUAACGAAAGCUAAAGCUAGUGGGAAAAAUGAUCUCAGUCCAAAACAUGAGGCAUUUAUGAUUGGGACUGCAAAGAAUCCUAAUAACAAAGGAUUUGAUUUGUUUAUCACGACCGCUCCAAUUCCUGACUUGAAUGACAAGCUUGUUGUAUUUGGGCGAGUUAUCAAGGGAGAGGACAUCGUUCAGGUGCUUUCUGAAUCUCUUUCUGGGAGCUUUCUUCUGUAA